AUGUUCUACCCGCAGUCAGGUUGUUGGGCACUUGCGGCCAGCCUGCUGUUGUCAUUCGGCUCUUUUCAUGCUCUAGCCAGCCCCUUGUCUGCAGAGCAGUCCGCAUCUGUGGACUUUCAUCUGCUGAGCGAUGAGCCGCAAAUGCCGUAUGAUGAAAACACCAUCGCAGAGUGUACCUGGUGGUACGAUAAUGAUGGCUCAGUCACUUGCACCAACUUGUUGCGCAACUGGGGGGUUCCCGUAGCAGACUUUUUGUUCUGGAACCCGUCUCUCACUGCAGGCUGUGGCAACUUCCUGGUCGGACGCUCCUACUGCAUAGAGGCGCCCGUCUCUGCGCCGCCCGCGCCCACGACGACGACGGCUACUACGGCCCCGACCACCACAACCCGGACGACAAGCACAACCACCACAACCAGGCCUACAGUGCCCACCAAUGGGAUCGAGACGCCGGUGCCCACAAAGCCUGACAUGGUGACGAACUGUGAUCGCUUCCACCUCGUUGAGGCUGGCGAGACGUGUGCCGACAUUGCUAGAGACAACGGCAUCACCCUGCAGCAGAUCAUCACCUGGAACAAGCUCAACUCGGGCUGCAUAGACAUCUGGGCGGAGUACUGGGUUUGCAUCCACAUUGUUGGGUUAAGCACAACUACAACCACAACCACCCGGCCCACGACGACCACCGCCACCAAGCCAACCACCACAACGGGCAACGGCAUCAACACGCCGCUUCCCACCCAGCCCUCCAUGGUGCCCAACUGUGACAAGUUCUAUUUUGUCACGAGCGACGAUACGUGCACAACGAUAGCGGCACGAAACGGUGUCACCGUAUCCCGCUUCAUCUCGUGGAACAAGUCCCUGACCACUGCCUGCACCGGGCUCUGGGCUAAUGCCUAUGUCUGCGUUCGCACAAUCGGCUUCAAGCCGACUACGCAGUCUACUUGCUCGAGCAGCGACAAGACGUGGGGUGACAAUAAGCCAAAGGCGCUUGAAUACGUCCAGACGUGGUGCAGGAACAGCGGCAGUUAUGCCACUGGCCAGACCAAGACCGGCUGCUACAAUGCGCCGUUCGGGACCAACAAGAUUCAGUUCUGGGCGCGCAAUGACUUUACAGUCCCGAACUCUCUCUCCGUGGCUCUUUGCAACGAGAUAGUCAAGGUGCCAGUCAACAACUGCGAGCGUGGUGGCACGGGCGUUCAGGAGGGAUGGUGGGUCAGGUAA